CGAAAAUAAUAAUAAUAAAGACAGAUACACACAUACAUACAUACUAUGGACUGGAAUACGGGUGUUAAUACCAGCCAAUCUCACAACAUGAACACUUCUAAUGGUGCGUUCUCCUUUCAUACUCCUCAAGCGAACGAAGAUGCUUAUGCAUCAGACGACAGCUAUCAAACCAUUGACGAAGAAGACGAUGACGACGACGAGUAUGAACCCAUUUCCUUGUCUGGAUGGGGUGAUAAUGCAGUCAAAGAAGAAGUAGAACCCCCAUCCUGGAAUACUCUGAUUGACAGCAAUAUUAAGGUGAAAGCAGGUGGCGUGGGUUCUGGUAAUCUUCAUCGUCGUGGUGGUAACUUCAAACCCGUGUCCGAAGACCUUAUUUUGGCUCAAAGACUAAAUAAACCUAUUCCUGGUAAAAAAUUACCUGGCUCAUCCAAAUCGCGCGGUGGUAAAAAGAAGAAGAAGACGCCUGGUGGUGCUGGUGGUGCUACUGGUGCUAGACCCCCUUUUCCUCCUACCAGGUUUAGUAAACCUUUUCCUAAAGUCACACCUCAUGUUCCACCACCACGUCAACCCAUGGCGAAUGCUCCUCCUUCGCCCUGGGGGACAAUUGCUUUAGCUGAAAUACCCUUUUGGGAAAAGAAGACUACACCUGUUACCGUUGCACCUGCUGUUGUCCAUCCUCUUCCUGUCGCUCCUGCCCCUGUUUCUGCUUACGCGACUUUACCUCCUCCUUCUCGUAAAAUUGCUCCUAUGCCUGUUCGUAAAGCUGCACCUGUACCUGCUCGUGCAGCUCGACCCACUUCGCCCAUUCCAGUAUUAUGCGAAACACCUUUCUGGGAAGUCAAAAAAGAUCCUGUACCCGCAUCACCUACACCAGCAGCAGCAGCAGCGGUAUCAGCAGCACCAGUGGCAGCAGUAGCAGCAGCAGUAGCAGCAGUGCCAACAAUUCCACGCGAACCUGUAUUUAAUCCCAACGUGCCAUCUUUUGAUCCUGUUUUAAAAUCACCAGUGAAGACAACAAGAAUAGAAUUUAACCCGACUGUUCCCAGUUUUAAUCCUACUACUUCAAUCUCCACCUCUGCUGUAUCAACCUCGAGUGGUGGAUCAUCUUCUGUCAAAACGAAUUUCAACCCAAAUGUACAUGAAUUCACACCUUUACCUUUUGUGACGAUGCCUGUCAAGACACCUGUAAAGAUUACGCAACCUCAUGAUAUGGUAUCGGAUGAGAUGCGAAAGUUAAGUAUGAUGGAGAAUCAGACGGGACCAGAGAGUACACGGGGGUUAGAGGAGCCCCAGGCCCUGUUACAAAUGACUUUGGCACUUGCACCGGGGAUCAGUACGGAAAUCUUGGUUUAUGAAAAUUCAGAUCCUCAUCAAAUAGCAGAGGAUUUCGCUAGAAAGCAUGUAUUGAAUGUUACCAACAGGGCAAAAUCUUCUUUAGCAAAUACCAUUCGUUUACUCAUGGAAACCAAACUCAAUGCAAAUCAGUUAUUAUAAUAAAAAAAAGAAAAAGACUAUACCCUCCCCUCCCUUUGUUCAAUUAAUCAUGUUUAAUUUUUUUUUUUUUUUUAUUAUUU